CGGACGACCUCCUGGCUCCUGGUGGACAUUAGUCGAUCGUUGAUCGUGUUGUAGAGCACGAGCACGCGGUGGACAUCAUCGCCGUCGUGGUGGUCUAGAGAGCAAUCGCGAUUCAUUAAAGUUCCGAUGUGGUGGUUGUUAUUGUGAUUCGUCGCCCAGUAGUGAAGGGUUGGAAUCAUAUAGUACUUAGAAGGGAGUACCGAUGCUGUGGCUGCCGCACCGGUGAAUGAGCAGCUCCUCAUGCAGCACCAUCUCCACGGGGCAUGACGACUUCUGCCAACGCUGCCGCCAAUCUCAAUUGCACCACCAACCAAAUCGUCACUAAUACCCUUCAACAGCAAACGCAAAAUUUGCAAAAUGUCACUGGUACAAUCACCCUCGGCGAUCCGUGCCUGGAGACCCGGAAGUACUGGUGUUUCCUGCUGUCGUCGAUCUGUACUUUUUUGGCCGGGUUGCUGGUGGUGCUCGUAUGGCGGCUGUUCGCCUUCCUGUGCUGUCGCAAAGAGGCCGAACUGGGCCCCAACGACCCCAAGCAGAAAGAGCAGAAGGCGCAGAGGGGCAAACAAGAGUUCGAGGGCACGUUCAUGACCGAGGCCAAGGAUUGGGCGGGAGAACUUAUCUCCGGCCAGACCACCACCGGAAGGAUUUUGGUGGUCCUAGUAUUUAUACUAAGUAUAGCAUCUUUAAUAAUAUACUUCAUAGACGCAUCAAAUAUUUAGUGAAGGAGUGGAGCGAUGCCAGAAGUGGAGCGAGAACGUCACUCAACAGAUCGACCUUGCCUUCAACAUAUUUUUUAUGGUGUAUUUUUUUAUAAGAUUUAUAGCAGCUAGUGAUAAGUUAUGGUUCAUGCUAGAGAUGUACUCGUUCGUAGACUAUUUCACAAUUCCCCCGUCCUUCGUAUCCAUUUAUUUGGACCGAACGUGGAUCGGAUACACCACAUUCAGUAAAUGUAACCGGAAGCAGCGGUUCAUCGCAAAAUGGGCUUAACAUGGUAGCUCUUGAGCCAUCACAUUCCAGAAAUUCAAGUAACUUAGGAAAAAGAACAAGGGAUGACUUUUGUAAUGUAAUCAAUCAUAAUAAUAUUGUCCAAUAAAAUAUA